GAGGCCUCAGAGCGGGGACGAGCCUUCAGAGGCAGCCUCUAAUUUCCCCACUACAGUAACCGUGUAACGCACACUGGCAGUCAUGUGACAGUCAUAUAGUACAACUCGGGCAGGGCUCAGUCAGUCCAGUGUGAACGGUGCUGCGGCUGCUGCAACUGCUGCUGCAUGGCGAGCCCCAAGGGCAGAACCCGCGCUGGCUUCAGACUGCCCCGUCGAAAUUGAAGGAUAAUAACAGACCUCCUCGCGCUCUUUGCUUUGGGAGUAUAUUUGAUCAUCUUUGAAGGUAAGAUCGGAGGUUUGUUUCAUGUAUGGGUGCGCUCAGGGGCUGCAGGGAGCGCGUGUUUUCCUGUGCCAUAUGCUGCUGCAGCAGGCUGGACGAAAACAUGUUUACGUUGAGAGCGGAGACGCGCGUGUACUCAUGCGUUAUGCAGCACGAGGGGGACUGACUGAAAAAACACAGUCUACUGCCCCACGUUAUAGAAUAGGAUGUGAUUUUUAUUUUCUUUUUGUGUGAAGUGGUCACAUUUUUUUUCUGCUUAAGUUUUUAGAGCAGGAGCCAAUGAAUGAAUUUUGGUCUCGUGAUUGAAGCAGCAUGUGUGACGGGAUUUUCGAAGUUCUCGGACCCACGCUGUCUGAAAAUCCCACAGUCUGGAACAAUUUAUGACUAUUAUGUGGACGAUUUUCCACGCAAAACGGUGGCAACCUAUGGUUAUCAAAUGCUGCCUUCUGCCUAAAGUCUAGAUGUUAUGUAAGAAUCUGAAGAGUUAAUGUUUUUUUCUCUUGAUGAUCACAUAAAAUGAAUAGAAAUGUGCUCUCGAGAGGUCAUACAAUGCAGUGCACCAGCCUGUAUAUGCUAAAAAAUUAAACCCGGUGACUCAAAGUCAAACUCUUCGUCCUCCCAUCUUCAGAGGUUCUGCUCUGACUGAUUUAUUGCGCUUUAAUUGUCCCGUAAACAACAGCAGGGCAGGUGGUUUACACAUGCUGCUCCAGGCUGCCCCAUGCGGUGCUUUGAGGUAAUAAUGUUGACAGUUUUAUUUUUUUCUCUGGGCCCUGCACGGGUUUACUCUCGGUCACUCAGACCAGGCAGGGGCCCCUUGAAAGGGAGGACGGAUAUGGGGGGUUAGUGACGCUCCCUGUUCCAGGAAAAUAACCUUUUCAUGAAGUGUGUACACUAUAGUAGGACAUUAUGAAACAAAAGUGAUAAUAAGUGGAACUGAUACAGAUAUUGAAAAAUGUAAAAUGAUUAGACAAUAAGUAAAUCAGAAGAUGUAAACAAUGACAACAAAUCAUUUUUAUAUCAACAAAAUCUAUCCGAGAAUGAUCAAAACUUAUCAUUGAAUUAUUAAUUUCUGGUCACAGUUUAACAUUUGCUGAUUUACAGACAAAAUCCAACCAGGAUUUCCACUCUUCUCACAAAACACGCACGGCUUCUACUAAAUUAUCUUUAAACUUUUGGCUAACCUGCUGAUUAUUCUGGUUUAUAAAUAUCAAAAAUACAUGAUAUCUUGUGGACAGUUAUUGGUUGCAAAGACGAUAUCUAUCACUUUUUCAAUUCUCUAAAUAGUUGAAUUAUGAUAUUUGUUAGAUACAUCAGUCACCUUGUUUAACUGCUGCACCAGAGUUUCCAACAGUCUUAUGAUACAGAGUUAUCUAAUAAAUAUUCCUUUGGCAUUCAUAUCAGUCAUGCUCUAUAUCCCUUCACAGGACCAGAUGUAUUUUUGUAUUUCAUUAAUUAAUCAAAAAUCCAUAAAAUCAUGUUCCUGACUGAAAUAAUCAUGUUCGUUAGACUCUCUUGUGUAUGGGAAAAAAGGAGUCAUAAAUAGAUUUGAUUAUCUUGUAUUGUUCCCGGCUUCAGUGGUUACAGAUGGAAGGUAAGAAACCCAGAAGUCCCACGCUGCAGUAUUUUACAGAGCCAACACCAAAGAGGGCCAAUAAUGAAAAAAUGAAUAAAUAAACAUGAAAAAUGAUUGUUUAGUGGUUGUAUUUGAUCAAAUAAUAAAAACAGCAUUGUAACGCGGUCAUUGGCUGACUUCCUUUAAAUUAUUAGCAUCUGCUUGAUAAUGGUGAACCGCUGUACAGCAGGAAAUGUUCUAGAAGGGAAUGAAACAGCUUCAUGGUAAUGAGGGCAAAAGAGAAGGAGGAGUUUUAGCACAAAACUGGUGAGAAAUGAACAUGGUACAAAUAAAUAGAAUCUACUCAAUGUAAUGAAGCAUUGUAACAUUUUGAGCUGGCCCUAUAGAUGAUGAGUUUGAAGUUUUGACUUUAAUAUCUUGUCAGUCAUACAUGCAUAUGUCCAUCUAGCACAGACUCAUCAUCAGUAUAAAAAGUCCAGAACCAGUGAGAACUGAAGGUCCGCUCAUGAUUAUGGAACAGUAGAUAAAGUGAAAACUCUCGACUGCUGAUAUUUCAGGCUUUUGAAAAGUUUCUCCAAGAAACAAUAACUCUCUUUGGUCAUCAUACAGUUUGGACUGAGCAAAGGGGGAUUGGACCACUGACCAACCUUGAUAGCCAGAGGACUAAUACCAGCUCCUGAUGUGCAUCAGAGGGUUUUUAGCUUCUGGUUUAACAAGCUUAAAUAUAAUUCAGUGCAUCGAACAGUGUUCGGUCUGCAGAUAUGUCCUUAGUUAUGAUAGACAGUUGGACAUAGGUGAAAAGUGAAUCUGGUCUUCUUGUUUGAGGUGUUUUUCUCUCAAGUUUACCUGUUUUUUUGUUUUGUUUUUAUUUAUUUAUGUUUUAAAAAGUCAUUUUUAAGACAUUUAGAGAGAAACUAUAGAGGGAAUCACCUUGUUGCAGACUUCAGGAGCCAUAGUUAGCAUAUAUCUCUUCACUGUGCCUUUUUACUGGUAUUGUGACCCGGCUGCUCCACCAUUCCAGCUGCAACUCUAAAAGUAUCCUGCCAUAUUGCACAAAAUGAAUGUGGUUGUAGGCGUUUUUUGGUCGACAUUUAGUCUCUUCAUUCACUGAUUUUAACACUGGCUUCUGUCUUUCUGAAUUUUGACAUGCAAAUUUGAGGUUAAGUCUCUGACGCUCUUCUCCUCUGUGUUUAUUUCUCUUUAGACAAAUCAUAUCCUGGCAGGAGACCUUGGAUUGUAGGAGUAUUUUCCCUACGCUCACUUUUUCCACCCUGAGGGAACACAGCAGGUGUUACUCUAUCUUAACCACAUGGGAAGUUUGGCCCCGAUGACCUUGGUUAGUUUGGCUCAACUUUCUCUGCAGCAUAAGGAAAAGUUCUCUAACAAAUCAUCCUGAACACAGACUCCGAGUCCAACAAGAGACAGCAGUUUGGCACUCUCCAGGGAUGGUAGAUAAUUCCCCGAUAAGCGAGGGGACUUUUCUUCCUUACAGUAGCUCUCCGUUGUCAGACAUGGUGACAGAUCUGGGCUCCUACCAGGUGAUGCCGUCACCUUUUUCUGAGGACGACAUGAGCGAGUCGUCCAGCCCUCGUUCCUGUUCCAGCCCGGACUCCCAGGUACUAAGCUCCAGCUAUGAAAGUAACUCAAGUGUUGAGAGUCAGGACAGCAUCCUGGAUCAGCUGCUUUCCCAGGCUUCAUUAGGAGGUGCCAACAAUGUGCCUGCAGGAUCUGGGGCACCCAUACCAUUAUCCACUUUCCUUUGGGACUCGCGGAGAGAUGAGCCUCCAAAACGUGAGUCCAUAAAGGUGGGGAAUCUUGACUUCCUUGACUGGUCCAAUGUGGAGACAGAGGAACAACUUGGAGGGUCUUUCCAGCCCACACUGGAAGAGAUUGAAGAAUUCUUGGAGGAAAAUAUGGAGGUAGUAACGAUGAAGCAAGAGAUCAGGGAAAGUUGCCCAGGUAUGGGAAUGGGACUGGAGGAAGCUCUUGGUCUAGAAGUGGGCCUCAAGUGGUGCAGAGAGCCUUCUCCGGAGCUUAAACUGGAGGAAGAGGUCAAGAACUCAGACCAAACUGUCCCCACUGCCACUAGCCCGGCAGCUGUUGCCACCUCUGAGACCAAAACAACACCAGUUAACCCUGCAAAUGAGUCCAGCACAGAUGCAAAGAAGGCAUCAGGAAACAAAUCAUCAGCAGAAGAUGGCACAAACAGCAGUGGGAUGCCGGUAAUUUUACAGAUCCAGCCUCUCCAAAUCAAGCAGGAGCCUGUAGUGGCACCUCUUACUCCAGUGGCCCAGACCCCACAGCCUGCCCCGGCCUCAGACAUCAAAAUUGCGCAGCUACUGGUCAACAUCCAAGGUCAGACCUUUGCCCUGGUGCCCCACAUUGUACCCUCCCCUAACCUGAACAUCUCUUCCAAGUUCGUACGCAUUGCUCCAGUCCCCAUUGCAGCCAAGCCUUUGGGACUUGGAGAUGGUUCAGCUGGCCAGGGAACUGGUAUUCUUCUCGGGGGUCAAAAGUUCCCCAAGAACCCAGUGGCGGAUCUUAUAAAAAUGCACAAAUGUAGUUUUCCCGGCUGUACCAAGAUGUACACCAAGAGCAGCCACCUGAAGGCGCACCUGAGGAGGCAUACGGGGGAGAAACCUUUUGCCUGCAACUGGCAGGGCUGUGGAUGGAGGUGGGUACUGCUGUCUGAAGGACGUGAGUCAAAGUAUUUCUGCAUACCCCUUUUGUUUAUGUGCCUCAUUUGUAAGCAGCAGUAAUUAUAAGUCAGUGGGGCAUGCCUGUGUGCUGCACAUGGUAUCACAUGCCUCAACGGACACAAACGUAGUGCAGAUUUUAAGUGACACAUGAAGUUACCUGUCGCCUUUAAGGUUGGGCAUUAGCACUGGUAAAGGAGACUUAGGGGGCAUUAAGGGCCGGAUCACAUCUUACCCCAAAUCUCAAAGCAGCUCAGUGUGAAAGACGCAGUUUUACUACAUGUAUUGACUUAUUUGUUCCAACACUAUUUUUGUAAUUGCAGUUAGAAUUUGCAGUUGAGUGUAUUUUUAAUCUCUCUUUUUAAAAAUUCCAUGAUAUUACAUUUUUAGAAAAAGCUCUAAAGUCAGUAUUAAGAACGUAAUCGAAUUCAUACACUGGAAUGCAGUUUACAAUCUUUAGAUUUAUUAUUCAAAUAAAAGCUUUGAAACCAAGACUUACAGAUAGGGGACACCUUCAGAGUGCUUCUUCUGAGAAAUUCAGUUUAUUUUUUAUCGAUAAAACUGUUAUACAUUAAUAAAUAUACAAAGUGCAUGCACAAGAUUGCCAAUCAUCGUCGCUAUAAUGUGCAAACUAGAAAAGCACUCGGAGAGCGCAGACCUCCGCCAAGCAGCUCAUGUCCCCCCUUCUAUUGUGAUUCACACCAAAACUUUUACUGUUACGUGUCUCUUAUUAACGUUUAUUUGUGUUUAAACUGGUAUGUUCACUUUUCAUAAUGUUCCUAAAACAACAAAGCUCAGAUUAGAUACAUAAAUGCAUGAUUUAUUAUGCAAUAUUUGUAAGCGUACACUUCCUUGUAUCUUCAUUGGUUAUCUUUCAGCAUUGAAAAUUCCAACGACGCCCUUAUUUUUGUGUGUUCUGGAUCACAGUAUCCGGAAUUUUGUGUGGAUCAGGAUCAACCUUUGACACCUCAUAAAACUCAUUGAGAUCCUUUUGUGUAAUUUUUUACUAAAGACUCAUUUUUAUAGAGUUAAAUGCAAAAAUUCCUAAAUUUGCCCUAUCUCACAAUGAUAAAGAAUCCUUCAAAAAAUUCCUGGGUCCAGAAGGCGAUCCGGAUCACCACCAAAAUGUAAUGGGAUCCUCCUGGGGCUGAGACGCACCUCUGGUGAAAAUUUCAGGUCAAUCUGUCUGUUACUUUCUCCGUAAAGUUGGUAACAGACAAACAAACAAACAAACCAACGCUACUGAAAACAUAACCUCCUUGGCGGAGGUAAUUAUGCUGGGAUAACUUAUGUUACUCACUGACAUCCAGCAAUUCCUUAAUGCAAUAGCGUUCACCCUUUUCAGGAGUUCCAGUUGUUUUCUGGUACCUUCAGGUUCUCUCUGCCUGAAACCAUUGUUUCCUUUGACUGUAAGGCAUCAUGACAGGUUACAACAUGCCAACCAGCCAAUCAGAUCUGAGCUGUAGCCAUACGCACACUUUACCACAGUGCUCUGCUAGCUUUUGUAACGCAGUCACAUGCUAACAACAGUCUGAUCUGCUGCACCAUAAGUCAGGUAGUUACUCAAAGUACAGUGGAGAUACUUUGAUUCAGUUUGACACAAAGGGCAUGGUGCUGUCUGAUCGUUUUUUAAGGUGGAAUGCGCAGUGGGGUCGAUGUUUUUCAUCAAGAGGACUAACAGAUUCGUGGGCUCUGGCAGCACAGAGACCAACACUGAUGUUUAAAUCAGACUCAUGGAAAAGCAGAGAGGACAUGUGAGUGUUUUCUUUUCACUGAGCUCUGAAGCUGAGGAGCCUCUCAGGUGUUAAUAGGAGUGGUGUUAGGCAGCGGCGCUCGAGGCGGAUUUGCUCGCCUCUUGUUAGCCAGUGAGAUAUCUGGGAUGUACAAGAAUAGUCGGGGUGUCUAUUUGGUAGAUGUAAACUGAAUCUGGGACAGAACACGUGGGCUCCAGUCACAUUGGUACAAUGUGGGCACCUCCUGUUGUGACUCGACAGUUGUGUGGUUGCUGGGCCGGUAUGAGAGUGUGUGUUUUUGUGCAUGCUAAGUAUAAAGAUCUAAUUUAGAACCUGCUGUGUGAAAUGGAGAAAGCAGAGAGGGAAUGUAGAUGUCUUCAUUAGUGCGGCAAUAUUCAUUCACAUUAACAGAGAGUGUUUUUUCUACAUUCAUGUGUCUGUGUGUGUCUGUUUGUGUGUGUGUUUAUGUCCCAGUUGCUAGGAUUGAGCUGGCUGUUUUCCUGGACAAAUCAGGUCAGCCAAUGAGACUGGCUUAAACUGAUAAAAUGACUUCACUAAUGAACCUCUUCAGCUUCUUCGGUUCUGAACUUUACGGGUCUCAAACUGAACAAUUACACAGACCAUCCAUACACCACCUGCUUUAGUCCCCACACCUAUGAUGUUGCAUACCACAAUUCUAUUUCCCUUAAUGUUAUUAAAAGAUCCUCUCUGUGAAACAACUUGCGCUGAAAAGUCUAAGAAAAUGUAAAUUAGCUGCCCUAGGAAGGAGAGUGGUCCCUUCUUCCUGGCCUGAAGUGAUUGACUCCUACUAUCAUCGGUCUCUGAGGUGCAUUGGGGCCAAGGACCAGGCCAAAAGACAAGGUCUCCAGGCUGUUUGGAGCAUCAUUUUCCGUUGUGUAGGCAAAGAAAGUUCGCCACAAGGUCAUAAUUUUCAGCCUCUCUGAGAUACCGAGCACAUGCAGGUCGUGGCACCUGCACCUUGACUUGAGGUCCAAAGUUUUAGCCAUUCGCAACUUGUUGCACUUCUGUUGUGUUUCACAUUUAGCCUUGAGUGCGGUUAGUCUAUCAUCACAGGCUUGUAAUGAGGCCUCAGCUGCAGUGAAAUAUGUGCCAAACAAGUCGACAGUGAUUUGUAGAGUGUUCAUGGAGAGACAGGUCUCAGCUUAGAAAGAUUUACUGUGCUUGGCUAUAGCAGAGAGGAAAGAGCUGUCCCCCUUAUCAUCAAGGUCUCCAUGUUUGGGUAAUAGUGCCAAGCCUUAUAGCCUCAUCGCUAGCAUUUCGAGCGGAUGGGUCAUGUGACCAUUUGCAGGAGCUGGUAAAGACAUGUUUAGCUCGCUGUGAUUGUGCCAGACAUUUCUAUUUCCCCAGCGUAUAUCGGCAUUGAGAAAAGAAUUUUCUGAAGUUAUAUUUUAGCAUAAUUUUAUUUUAUUUCUUUUCUUUUUUCUUUUUUAUUAAGUGAUGGCAAAAAAAAAACAAAGUGAAAGAGAUCAUGCACACAAUGCAUCCAAGUGAUAGAGACAAAACAAAAAAGAGACAAGCAACGAAGGAACUCAUAACAUGUCGAUAUUUUAAGUUGGUAGGUGUUGUAAGGUCGUGUUCUAAUGGGUGGGUGGGUGUAUUUAUGCGUAUGUGUGUGUGUGAGUGGGUGGGUGUGCUCGUGUAUCAUUUUAGUAUUAUUAUAAUUAUUAUUUUAUCAUCAUUAUUAAGUUUUUGUCUGAUUUUAAUGGUGGUUCCAGGUAGUAGAGAAAAUCCCGCAAAUACGGAGAGUAAUUUGGCUUCAAAUUCGUAUUAUGACGGAAGGGGGAGCCAAGUUGUCCAUAGUGUAUACAGUCUAUGGUUUUACUUAAUGAUCCUUGUUCCUCAUUUUAAAGUGGCGGACUGCCUCUAUGCCUUCACUAAUCAGGGACUGCUUUGAUAUCUCUGCAUCUCUGAUUGAUUAAUGAUAAAACACUUACUCUCAGUCAAAAUCCUUAUGAGGAGUACAGGGGCAAAUACAAUGAGACACUGGCCCCUAGACAAAAAAGAUGCUGUAGACUUGACAGCAGACACACCGAGGCACUGGCCCCUAGACAAACUGUAAACUUAAGAGCAGGCCCUGAUACAAUGUACUGUGAACUUCUUAUUCCUCUUCCAGACAAAUUUUGAUUUGCUACUAGUCCUACAAGUUGAAGAGUUGUGGGACGAAUUAUAGAUCAAAAUGUGCUGCUUGAUUGGGAUUCAUGUGCUGGAGUUGUGAAAUAAUGCAGAAAAAAUUUGCACUUGAAGUCAGCGGGACAAGCCUCAAAAAAGAGCAAUUAUUAGAGUUUUCAAACGUCAACUGCUCCGGCUCGUUUUUUUUCUGUUAUAAGAAUAAAUACUUACAGACGGAAUGUAGGAGUGCUGCUUGUUUAAUGCUACGAGUAUUAGUUAUUUGAAAUCUCUGAAGAAUCUCAUCAUAAUGUACACACUCUGGAAGUGGCCCUUUCAAAAUCUACCAGAGGGAAUUUUCUAGUUUUAUCUGUACUGUAGAUUAGCCAAGUCUCUAAUUAUCUCUUCUUUCUUAAAAAUUAACAACUUUAACCUCCUAAGUUUCCAACUCUUUAUCUUAAAAGUUAAAAUGAUGUGAAUUUGAUUUUAAUCUGAUAUAUACAAGUUUUUUUCUCGUAAAGUUAUGACUGGAAGCUUUUUUUGUCGGUCUUCAUUCAUGUGAUAUAAUGACUUUAUUUUUAAGGUUUCAACUGAUUUUAUAACCUGAGAAAAGAUGUUAAAAGGUUAACUUUUCAAUGUUUUGAUUCUUCAAGUUAUUCAGCCCUUGUAUCUCACCUUUUGGCCUUGUUGUUUUUUUGUGUUAGAGUUGAAAAGUGUGAGGAGUUACUCUUCCACCCACAAACACCCCCAGUAAGAGUGUUGUAUGUUUUUUGUCUGGGAAGUUCUCCCAAUUAAACUGUCAGUACUGUAAGUUUGAAACCAAGAUAUGAAUGAAUUUUACACAGAUUCAGCAGCAUGGUUUAGUGUUGUGGUUCUUCUUAGGGAAAGAUGACUUUUUCAAAAGAAAGAAGGUUUUAAUGAAAAGUUUUGAGAAUUAAAAAUGGCUACACUGUACGAUUGAAAAGUUGUUGUAAAGAGUCGGUAAUUAUAAAACGAUGGGCUGUAUUUUACGACAGUUUUAACCAUUAGGGACCACUUCCUCUUAACUCUCAGUGCAUGUUCAGAUCUAAAGCAGCUCGCACUGCCAUGCUGUAUGUUUGCCUCUCAUGUUUCUAGCAUGUGUACUUUGAUUUACGAAUAUGGUGAGCUUGCAUUUACAUGCAGAACGUGUUACUGAAAAACUGACCCAACCAGCCAGCUGUUUUGUAAUGUGGUUUCUACUUGUCCCAACUUGCAGGGAUUAUUCCCGCAAGAGCCUCCGCUUUACCGUGAAGUAGUCAGUCAUUUAUAAACCCUUGUUUUUUGUGCAGGUAAUAAGUAAUCCAUAGAGCCCCUUUAAAACUUAGUGGUUGUUCUCUAUAUCACUGUAGCAGCAAUCUGCCAUCAGCCAGACUGUACUUACAAUAAUGUGUGCGCCCCAAUAUAUGAGGGGAGCUGCAGCAGUUUGUGCAGUAGUAACUCAGACUGAGUUCAGACUAACAAAGGGCUCUUGUCUGUACACAAAAGGCAGGAUGUAGUUUGUGUCUGUGAGAGCCAGUGAGUGUGUAACCCACUGUACAAAAAGGGGGCCCUCAGAAGGAGAAACAGUGAAAAUGUGAGAAAAUCAAGGGGAGUAGAGUGAGAAGCAGGACCGGUCUGAGAUUUCCUUUUUUUUAGGGAAAAGACGGGAGAUAAAGUGCUGCUGGUCAUAGUGGCUGGGGCAUGAGAAGAGGAGAGAAAGCCUGCUUCAGUUUUGCACACAAUCAUUUGAGGGGAGCGACAGUGAGGAAGUGGAGCAAACAAAGACAAAGUGUUGAAUAGUUACCAUGACUGUGGGCCAGGAACGUCCAAAAUGCCGUGCCGCGUGAAAGAGAAGAGAGGGGAUCAGUCGAAGUUCCUCAGACCACAAGGAACCGGGAGGGAUGAGUGAGAUGGAACGACGCGGGGAGUGUUUUACUGUACAGCAGAACAAUGACAACAAAUCAAUGACAGAGUAAAGAGUCUCUUCAGAGUCUCAACGUUUAUCUAAAGUACUAAGAUUUGUCCUUCCAUCGUUUUAGUGGACCGCCAAACCCUUAAAUGUUGUAAGAUUACAGAACCUAAUACCAUACACAUGACCCCCAACCUGAACCUCAGUGAAUGAGGGGUACCGUGCAAACUAAGUGAUAGAUAUCCUGGUCAUUGUUUAGAUUCACAGAGUGAAGUAUUUUUAAUUACUAAACUAAAUUUAGAUCGCUGGUCUGUGUUCAGGUUUUAUUGUUCAACUCGGCAGUUUAGGUUCAACAUGAGUUUUUGUGAUUCUUGUCAGAUGCAUCAGGCGGUAUUAAACAGGGUCUCCAAUCUCUUCAGCCAGUGUCAUGAUCUGCAGUGACUCAGCAGUUGGAGAUGAAAAAAAAAGAUAGGGACAGAGGGUGACUGCAGAGAGUAUUUUUACGCUGCGGAGAGCAUGAUAUUGUCGAGCCUAAGCUGUGUAACUAAACUCUUUCAGGCUGACUCACUGGAGGCUGGGGACUCCCUGGGGGCGGGGGGGUCUGGGAGUAAUGUGUCUCCACACAUGAGGGGAAUGCUUAACUGAGAGCGAUGCAAUGUGUCCUCUUUCUUUCAAGGUCAAAAAAAGGUUUUCGCCUGCAGAAGAUUAACUGCUCUUAAGUCUUGCAUAUUUCUACCGAUGCAGCAACCAAAAAGAGUCUGUUUGAAGGGGCAGCUUUAUUUAAUCUGGAAGGUUAAAUGGCUUCACUGAUGACGAGGGCUGGGAAUCUCAGGGUACCUCAUAAUAUGAUACGAUACGAUAUGCGAUACAUGGCUCACGAUAAUAUCUCAAUAUGGCGAUACUGCGAUUAUCGAUACAUUGCUCCUGGUAACUUAUGAUAUAUCUGUGUAUUUAUAAGAGUGAAAGAAAAACAAACAAUAAAAUACAUUUCAUGGUUUAUAUUUUGCAGCAUAAAGUAACUACAGUGCAGCCAGCAAUAGUGCAAAAAAUGUAUAUUUCUUGGGUGUCUAACAAAGAAUGGCACAAUAUUAAACUAAUUUAGAAAACAAGCGCUGGAACAGUUUUUUUUCAGUGAAAUGUUUACAGCUGGGUAGUUCGUGCCUUUUCAAGAGACACUUCUUGUAUACUGCUAAGUCCUUUUCCAACUUUGUCCCAUCCACACCAUAAAAACCAAAGUGUGUCCAUACUCUUGAUUUAAACGAUGCUGGUGCGUCCUAUCAGUCUAACUUCACCACCACCUGAGUCUGCCAUAUUUUCUAUGUGGUUUGUUCUUUCUCUUUUGUAUUAACUCACUUGCGGUCGUGAGGAUCACGAUAGUUUGCCAUAUCUAUAUUUUGUCACACUUCUACUGAUAACACUGUGGUAGAACAAGGAACUAUGACAAAUCCCUUUUGUGGACAGAAACAGCUCAUCGUUGAUCCUCUUGGGAGUAAAAGUGAAUAAAAACGUGGUACUUUGUCCUUUUACAGAUCUGAAACAGCUGUAGGAGUGUCAGGCUCUUGACCUCAGUGAUACUUAUUGUAUUUACAUAAUCAUCCAAUCUGUACAAACUUUGUGGGUUAGUUUGUAGAGCAGAUUCAGAAGCAGAACUCUGUAGAAAUUGUUUCUUCACAGAGUCUCAGAGAGGGCAGAGAGAAGAAGAUGAAACUGUAAGGAGAGAGCAAGGCAGUGGGUAGCAGGUUAGAAUCAGAAAGGUGUGGCUUGGGUUGACCGCUGUGAACCUUGAAGUAGGCACGCAAAAACUGUCACUUCCUGAAGGUGUAACUGAACAGAAAGUUGAAACUGUUUAUCACACCCAACAAACUAAUCAGACAUUUUGUCUCUACAAUCCCACAUUAAGCUCAACUUGACUAUUUUAUAAAUGAAUCGUGACCUUUAGAUUCGCUGGAUAGUCAGAGUUUGAAUUCCCUUUAAAAAACAAGUUCAUUGUUUGCUUGGAAACACCCCCAGUGAGAUGGUCAAGGUUGUGAAGUGUGCAGAACUAAAACUGCAGGUAGCCAGAGUGUAAUGUGCAUGAGUGAGUCCACAACACAUGACAGUCUCCCGAAAACUGAUCCCAGUGAAGUCAAAUGAAAAUUUUCCACCACAUUUAGUGAUAAGAAGGAUGGAAAGACUUGCUUUAUAGACAGCUGGUAUUAUUUAUACAGUGGGUAUAACACAGGGGGCUGCAUAGGUGUAUAAAUUUUAGCUCAGGGUGAUAAUUUCACUCAUGCUUGAGUAAGGUGACCAGAAGUCCCCGAAUUGGAUGACCUGUCCCCAGCAAAAGUUGUCCCUGAAAAUGUCCCUGAUGUAAGCGUUUCAUGAAUGAGAACAAAAUGUUGCGUGUGGGCUAGAACAACGGUUAUUGCAGUAGCCGAAUGGGUAGACAGCACAAGAAAGCAGUCCUGAACAACAGGAUUCCUGCCUCCUGCCGCCGUACCGAAUGUCCCCGGAUUUCAUUACAGAAAUCUGGUCACCUUGUGCUUGUGUCAAGUGCGACUUAAAUGUGCGAAGAGUGGGCCUGACAUUUGUUUAAAAUGUGUUGAAAUCAAACAGAAAAAGUCCCAGCAGUUGUUCAGUGAGAAGUUGUCUGUUGUCUUGUUCAAGGAUUGAUUCCAAGAUCAUCCUCAUCUUUAUUGGUUUGGGGUAUUUUUGUUUUUAUGGAGGGAUGGUGUUUUCAGUCUGGAGCUGUGUGUUCAGAGUGCUCUCAGGAGUUUGAUCACAGAAUUACAGAAUUACCUUGUUUCUAAAUAUGAUAACAAGUGCAAGAUUUUCACUGCAGCUCCUUAUGUGUUGCUGCAUAAUCACAGGGUGUGACUGUACCAAUUCAUCAUCUUGUCAAGUCAGCCAGCAGAGCAACAUCUGGGACACAGAGGCUGGUCAGUGUGUUUCACAGAACUCGUCUGCCUGGAAAAAACCCUGGAGUUGUCAUUCUGGCGGCUACAGCCAAGCAGCAUAUGCCUCGUAUGCUAACUCCACUGCAAUUUUUUUGCUUGUCCAAAUGAGUUACAGCCAAAUAAGUUGGAUUUUCUUCAUGUGAGGCAUUCUUGCUCAUGACAUGUAAUUACACUGCAGAGUUCAGUAAGACGGUUUCUGGCCCUGGAGGCUGUGUUUAACUUGGGAAAACAGGGAGUUGCUAAAUUCAGAUUAAAAAUAACUAAAGUUACAAGAGGCAUUUGGCCAGUUUGACACUGAGAUAUUCAAAGAACUUUAACUAUAAAUGGGUUUGUCACAUUUUUGGGUGAUUAUUUGUUCAGUAGAGUCAACCAAAGUUACCUAAAUGAAGAAAAUCAUCAGGUUCUUGAAGUUCCAUGUAAUUCUUUCGAGAUAGAACCACCACACACCUUAGAUAGGCCACUUUACAAUAUCAGCUCUCUCUUACUAUCAGCGUAAUACUGUUGUGCAGGUCAGAGUCAAGUCUUUUAUCAAGACCCAAAGCAAGACUGCUAAAUCCCAAUUAUUACCUUCGCCAAGGAGGUUAUGUUUUCGGUAGCGUUGGUUUGUUUGUUAGUUUGUUUGUCAGUUAGCAACUUUACGUAGAAAGUAAUAAACGGAUUGACCUGAAAUUAUUAGUCCCAGGAGGAUCCCAUUAAAUUUUGAUGGUGAUCCGGAUCGCCUUCUGGAUCCAGGAACUUUUUGAAGGAUUCUUUAUCAUUGUGAGAUAGGGCAAAUUUUUGAAUUUUUGCAUUUAACUCUAUAAAAAUGGUCUUUAGUCUUUAGUAAAAAAUUACACUAAAAGGAUCUCAAUGAGUUUUAUGAGGUGUCAAAGGUUGAUCCUGAUCCACACAAAAUUCCGGAUACUGUGAUCCAGAACACACAAAAAUAAGGGUGUCGUUGGAAUUUUCAAUGCUGAAAGAUAACCAAUGGGCGGCACAGUGGUGUAGUGGUUAGCACUGUCGUCUCACAGCAAGCAGGUCCUGGGUUCGAAUCCUGGUCAGGGCAUUUCUUGUAUUAUGAACAGUGAACAUACCAGUUUAAACACAAUUAAACAUUAAUUAAAGACACGUAACAGUAAAAGUUUUGGUGUGAAUCACAAUAUAAGGGGGGACAUGAGCUGCUUGGCAGAGGUCUGCGCUCUCAGAGUGCUUUUCUAGUUUUAACAUGAACUUUUUGCAUCCUGAAAAUCCGUCAUUUAAGGCUCUGAGAUCUGUCUUUGUGACCAGAGCGUAUUGGAAUGUCAAAGCAUUUCAUGAAACAAACCUGUGAUUUGAAUCCCCCGUCGAAUCCACGUGUCCUCAGCUUUUCACAUUUUUUUGACACGUUUGUUGAAGGGACUUUUCGGCUGAGAAAGAAGGGAGACCGCAGUUCUUAACUGCAGUGUAACUUCUGGCCACAAUGACGUCCUGAUAAUGUGACACACCCAAUUAACAGCUGCGGCUCCUUCACUCCCCCUAUAAGCUUCUUGCACUGAAUGCUGGAGGCAGCUGAACUCUGAGUCAAGUUGCAAGUCGAGUUUGAUGGUUUUGAUGAGUUGAGCUCAGUCACUGAAAUCAUUUGGUGUUGUUUGAUGAGGACAUUAGGGUCAGAAUUAUUAAUCAGAUAUAGGAACACUUCAAAUAUUUAUUAUUUGCCUGAAAAACCAGCCAUACACUGUUUGUAAACUGCAGAUUAGCUUCCUGUCCCACAAGCUAUAAGACAACAAAAACAGCUUUUACAGUGUGUGAUCAAAUGUAGAUAUUUUCAUGGGGCUAAUGUUGUUGAUGAUACCCGAUGGGAUUCCCCACACUUCUUUUGGGCUCUCCUCUGACUCAUGAUUCUGUUUGGCCCACAAAUAGAGACCAGAAAACUUCAACACCAAAGACUGUGCCUCUUGUCUGCAGCUCUUGCAUCCCUCUCCAAAAACCUCUCUGGUUUGAGUCUGUAACUUGAGUCCACACUUCCAGUUGCCUCAUCCAAAUAUCAAACAUCCCUCUUUUUUUCUUCCAGGUUCUCCCGGUCAGACGAGCUCUCUCGACACCGGCGGUCCCACUCAGGUGUCAAGCCCUACCAGUGUCCGGUGUGUGAGAAGAAGUUCGCCCGCAGCGACCACCUAUCAAAACACAUCAAAGUCCACCGUUUUCCACGAAGUAGCCGGACAGUACGCUCGGCUAACUGAGCCCAUGCUGCUUGGAUCCCUGAGAUCCUUCUCAUACAGUGAAAAGCCAGAAGCACGCUGUGAGGGGAAUGGAAAGAGUCAAGCCUUCUUCAAGUCCAUCUGAACGCCUUGCUGUUUGUGUCUGCAGUCAUUGAUUCUUUUCAUUUAUUGUACAGAAGUAAACCAACUGAGUUACCAUCCUGUAAUCAGCAAGAGGUUGUUGCUGUUGGUGCUUUGGUACUCCUGUUUGUUCUGUCCUGAUCGCCUUCGUCAGCAGAAGUUCAAAUAAGCUUUUUUUUCAUCCAGUCUGGAUUAUGUGAUCGCUCUGGUAUUUGUCUUGCAUUUCGAUUCUGCCGAUAUCAAAACAACUGCCUUCUACCUUCCUGAAAGCUGCCAAUAUCUCGGACAUUCUUCAUGUUAUGCAAUGUGAAGGCGAGUGGGAUACUCGUGAGCUGCUACUAGAGUUGUAGUUACUUCCCCAGAGGUCCACAGAGGUUUCUCCUGUGUGGCUCCUCUGUUAGCUUUUUUUCUAGUUUGUGCUGCAAAGAUGAUUGACAGCACAGUUCUAGCUGAUGAUUUAACUUGGUUUUCAUGCACAAGAUGAGACCUGUGAAAUAUGGUCAUGGACUGCUGAUUGCAUAACAAAGAAAGCGUAAAAAUUUAAUACAAGGACUCGACUUUUUUCAUCCUCUUUAAAAAUCUGCUGUGACUCAAGGAGGAGGAGGACGAGAGAGCAACACAAGAAAUGCAAAAUUGACUCAAACCUGAAACGUUAGACGCACAGUGAUUGUUAUAUCAGCCUUGUGAUCAGUGUUAAAUGAGCUUUGUUGAUUGUUUAAUCAAGCUAAGGUCGCUUUCACACCAGAGCUGUUUGGUCCGCUUUAAACGGACCAGAGUUCGUUUCCUCGGAUAGUCCACUUCGUUGGGGCAGGCGUGAAAGCUCAUCUUGGUCUCGGUUCGCUUGCAAGUGAACCCUGGUCCGGUUCGUAUGCAGUGUGAAAGCUCACCAGACCAAAUGUACGUAAUGACACUAUACGCAGUGCAUCUUGGGUAGAGGAAGCACGGCGUCCCUUAUGGCAACAAUUGACAGCUACAAUUAGCAGUUGCUAGCUAGCUUAGCUCAAUUGUCUGAACAACAAUAACCCAUAAAUUCACAAUUUGGCAUAUUUAAACAAAAUCAAAUCACAACUACCAACAGUCACAGUCCUUAAACUCUGAGCUCAUAUGUUGUCACAUGUUAGAUCGUCAAAGUUAGAGAAAUAACAGGAUCAAUCCCUGACAAGCUACGAUAGCAUUAUAGGAACAGUUGCGUUCACUAACGUUUCAGCAUUCCAUAAAAUAAUGUGACGAAGCACGAUACAAGACGGCUAGUCCACCCCUGUUUGUAAUCCGUGAGGUUACAUACCCCUCCUACUUUGUCCAAUCGACGGGCGCCCCUUUCAACCACGUGAUGCUGCUCGGAAAGUUCGGUGCGCUUUAGAAAUCAGUGUGAAAGCAGAACCGAAACAAGUGAUAAAUGCAACAAUGUUGCGACUUUCAGCUCCACAAUCGAACCGAGUCCGCUUGGUCAGGUGUGAAAGCGACCUAAGUCAUGUGUACCAACGUGCACUUCUCCUACUUAUCUGACUUUCUGGCCUUACUGUACCACAUAAUCCUUACUGGAAGCCAAAUGGUUUGGGAAAUCCAUCUUUUCGAGGUAAAUCUUUUCAUGAGGUGUAAAAUGGCUGUUCUGAGGAGUCAUACUGUGACACAGUGAACAGCCGUGGACCUAAAUGUCUCAGUCUGCUCUUAUCAUCUGUUCCAUUAUUUUGCUGAUGACUUGACACAAAAACUGCCUCAACAGAGCUUCUUGUUACUGGCUGACUCUCACAGCCUUCCAGUCACACUUCUGCACACAGUUGAGUCGAGAUGACAAACCGACACACUACACACCAUGGUGCUGAACUACCAGAGGAAGCUCUUCUGAGAAAUGGUGUCACAACAUCCCCCUAAAGGAUACAACACACUCUGAAAUGCUCUGAAUGCGAAGUGUACAGGACUACGACUAUACCGUCCAUAUGUGAUUCGUGUGUGUAAAGCAACAACAGGCAGGGGUACACAACUUUGUACAUCAUUCCUUUCAUUCAAUUUUGAAUUUUUAACGCUUGUGUGAACACAGGUGUGUUAUCGCAUCCUAUGAAUGUAUGUAAAUAUGCAGGAGUGCAGCGCUGCAUCCUGGACUCCCACAGAGACGAUCCUGAGACCAUAUCUUAAAACAAAUCAGUGCUUGUGAAGAUUUUUAGUGUAAACCCCAUAUGUGUACAUAGCAUUUAAGUACAUAUGAAUAUAUUAUAUAUUUUUCUUUGUCCUAUCCAAGAUGCAUUUACAAAUAAAACUCAAAACAAGCAAGUCUGAG